CUGAUCUUGUCAAACGCCACCAACCCCAGGAUCCCAGAUCCGCGCACAGCUGGGUAAACCCAUCCGCUCCACGCCAAACUGUACAAAGCGCGCGGUGGCCGGACAAGAAAGAAGCUCACCAAGAAACCACACCACCGUCCACCGAGCACACAAGCAAGCAAGCAAGCGGGGAGGAGAGGAGACGGCGGUGCGCGGCGGCGGCCAGCAGCACGAACAAGCCGGGAGCGACGAUGGCUGCGGCGGCGGGGAGCGGCGGCGUGGUGAAGCACCUCGUCAUCGUGCAGUUCAAGGAGGACGUGACCCCGGAGCGGCUGGACGGGCUCGUCCGCGGCUACGCCGGCCUCGUCGACAAGGUCCCCUCCAUGAAGGCCUUCCACUGGGGAACCGAUGUGAGCAUAGAGAACAUGCAUCAGGGGUUCACGCACGUCUUCGAGUCCACCUUCGAAAGCACGGAGGGAGUCAAGGAGUACGUUUACCACCCAGCACACGUCGAGUUUGCAACUGAUUUCUUGGGUUCAACGGAGAAAGUCCUCAUAAUCGACUUCAAGCCGGCAGCGGUCAACUAAUGGCUUCGGCCAAGUGAGACGCCGAGGACUUCUGUUGCCGCCUGCCUUAUCGGUGCUGCUUCUGUGUGUUUGUGUCCGAAUUUCAUCUCGUAUUCACCAGCUAUGUACCUUGUGCUAAAUAAAUCUGUUCGACCUGUUGUAUCUGUUGAGAAUGAACGCUGGAUUUGGUGUAACUGUGUUCUGACAUUUUGUAGCACUUAAUAAUCAGUAUUAUGUGUGAAAGGUUCUUCUUUGUCGCUACUAAA